AUGUUGCCGGCCCUGCUCUCGCUCGCUGUUUUGGCUACGCAAGGCCUGGCAUGGCCUACGAGUACCCUAGUCACGUUCGGUGACUCGUACACCGACCAAUCCCGUCGAAGUCUACCCUCCCCUGACGGAGGAACUACCUGGGUGCGCUACGCAGAGAUGUACGGCUCCCUCCAGUUAUACAACUACGCCGUUUCCGGCGCUGCGUGCUCCAACCUCCUCACCCCGAGGCCUGGGGCAGGCCCGCCUUCGUAUCCUGACUCGAACUACCCAAGUGUGCUCGAGUAUGAAAUGCCGGCGUUCGCGAUGGACUGGGUGCCGGGGUUGCAGGUCAUGCCCGCCCAACCACUCAAUCCCGACACGACGGUCUACUCGCUCUGGAUCGGCACCAACGACGUCGGCGAAGGAUCUCUCCUCACUGGGAAUCAGACCUUUGGAACGACGAUCGUGAACGUCACGCAAUGUGCGAUCGAAUGGAUGUCCCUUCUCUAUUCCUACGGGGCGCGCCGUUUCCUUCUGCAGAAUAUGAUUCCCCUCCAGCUCGUACCGAUGUACUCUGUCCUUCCUGAUCCGGACGGCACCUUCUGGCCCCAGCCACACAAUCGCACGGAUUAUAAUAUCAGGUUACAGGAACUUGUCAUGGCUGGUAACGCCCUCUGGGAUUUGCAGGUUCCUACGGCGCUGAACAAAAUGCCUGGUGCGGCAGCAGCGAUCUUCAACAGCUAUGCUUUGUUCUCGGAUAUGUACAACAAUCCGGGAGAGUUCUUGAAUGGAACCCUGCCUUACAAUGUCACUGGUUACGUCUCGCACGGGAGUGGUGCGAAUGUAGUGAAUGCAACUAAUCCUGACUCGUACUUGUGGUGGAACGAGUUGCAUCCUUCUGAACAGGCCCAGCGCAAUGUUGCCAAGGAGAUUGUCUUGACCUUAAACCGCACAAGUAAAUAUGCGAGGUACCUAGGAGAUUGGUAG